CUGCAAAUGAAGAGUUUUGCAGCAGAGCAAGUUUGAAACAGUGCUAAGGCAGAUCAGGUAGCUGUAAUUGUUGAGUAAAAGACAAGAGGAGGAAGAAGUUAAAGAAAAAGAGAGAGAAAGAAAAGAGGUAAAAGGAAGUGCACUAAGUAAAGGAGGUUCAGAUAGAGGUAUCGUCUUGUUAGCCUGUGGGGUUUCAGUACCCAAUCUGCUGUCAUCUGUUUGACCCGCAGAUUGCAGGAACACAGUGAGGGGAACCACAAAACCAUGAGGACUAAUGCCCAUGUUCCUGAAGAGAAUACUACACCAUUAAACCCAACACAGCAAGUGCCUCGACCUGGUAAACACAGAAAACCCAUGACUGCUCCACAGGCCCAGAUGGCGAAAAGGCCAUCCAAGAAAAAGGCUAUCAUUACAGCCCUGAUGGUUUUGGUCAUAUUGGCCAUUCUGGCUGUGGCUGCUUUCUUCAUCAAGCAGCUGAUCGAGAGUAAGUAUUUCUUUUGCUCCAAGUCGGUGAAGUUCAUUCCACUGGAGAAUGCCUGUGAUGGCAAGGCAGACUGCAGUGGAGCCGAGGAUGAGUCAACCUGUGUAAUGAAGUAUAGAGCCAACUCCACCUUCCCCUUACGGCUGAUCACAUCACAUAAUGUCCUUCAAGUAUACAGCUCUAAUGAGAGUAAAUGGAAAAGUGUAUGUUCAGAGGGUUUCGCCAAAGAACACGCCGAGACUGCAUGCCAACAGUUGGGAUACUCAGCUAAUCCAUCUUACAGCACAGUUCAAGUGGGUCUCCUGUCCUCUGAUCUGAAGAUGUCUUUCUGUACUGUGGGCUCAAGUAAACCCCAGACUUUUGUGUCCACCUUCUCAGAUCGCAAGGUGUGCGGUUUGGGAACGGUUGUCACAUUAACAUGCUCAGUCGACUGUGGUGUGAGCAGAAACCAGGACCGGAUUGUAGGUGGACAGGAUGCAAUCAUUGAGAACUGGCCCUGGCAAGUCAGCCUGCAGAGCAGUGGCCAGCACACAUGUGGAGGGUCACUGGUGUCUUCACAAUGGGUAGUCACUGCAGCCCACUGCUUCAAUGGGGAUGGUAAGAAGGAGCUGAGCAGAUGGAAGGUGGUUUCUGGAAAGACAUAUCUGGGAUCUUCUGGGUCUUCUUCUGUGGACAAGGUCAUCAUCAAUGGAGAUUAUAACUCAGCACAGACUGACUACGAUAUUGCCAUGAUAAGACUGCAAUCACCCAUUACUGUCGGAGAAUCCCGUAAGCCAGUGUGUCUGCCCCCUCAAGAUCUUGGCCUUAAAGGAGGAGACAACUUAGUCGUGACCGGUUGGGGCCAUCUGAAAGAGAAAGGUAACCUGUCUCCAAACUUACAAAAGGCUCAGAUCCCUCUGAUAGACAGAGUUCAGUGCACAAGUCCCACAGUCUAUGGUAACAGUGUGACUCCCAGGAUGAUCUGUGCGGGUUCUCUAGCGGGCCUUGUGGAUGCGUGUCAGGGUGAUAGUGGUGGUCCUCUGGUGUAUACAUCUGACCGUUGGAUGUUGGUGGGAAUCGUGAGCUGGGGUGUAGGCUGUGCCAGACAAGAUCGUCCUGGUGUCUACACCAAUGUGGACCAGAUGCUUGACUGGGUCCAUUCAGUCAUGCAGGAAUUUCAGUGAGUCUGAAGGGAAGGAGGACACAUCCGAGACAAACCCACAGCAUUCAUCAUGGAUCCACAAAGAUCUUCAGUACACAAAAGAGAUGUCAGACAGAAUACAUCUACACACAUACUGUACAUUCAAACUCAAUUUACACAGAUUUGUGGAGGAAUCGCUGUGGGAGUAUUUGAUCUGUGCUUAGGGUCUCGUGAUGCUCUCAAAGGUGCCAUGAGUCAAAUUUUGCACACUGAAAUAUAUAAUUUAUAAAUAUGCACAGUGAAUAACUGCUAAAUAAGAAGAGAUGAAUAAAUAAUUUCUUCGGGGAACCACCACUGCUUUUGUGGACUGCAGCAAUGCACUGUUGUAAAUCAAAGUCAUGUCACUGUAAGUGAUGUGCUUUGAAAAGAAAACAUGUUUAACAGCCACAAGAAGGUGCUGUUUUUCUCUUCCCCAUUUGUAAAAAGAACUAGCGCACUUUAUUAUGAUUUUUGGUGCCACGUUAUAAUCUUAAAUUAAAGUCUAUACUCAAUUGUGUCUGCCAAAACACCAUGGUGCAUUCACAGUGUUAUAAACAAAGAUGUUAUGUCAUGCAUCAGAGGUCUUAAUGUGCAUGUAAUAUCAGAAAUGUAAUGUCAGAUUAUGGUAUCAGUAGGCCCACACAGAAUCUCUUAACAUUUUUGGCUUAUUGAGUAUGAUUCCACUUAAAGUGUAGCUACUUUCAUCUCCGUUUAACACAUUUUACUAUGUUUAAAACAAAAUUAGGUCAGAAAUUGUCUGCACAAUUCUGUCUGGGCCUUCAUAUCAUUCUUGCAGAGUGUUGUUUACCUCGAGUUCAUACAAUUCCCUUUGUGGAUUAGUAUUACACUAUAAGACUAAUUUUGAUCAUAUAAUGUACAUUUCUAAUUCCACGCAAAGCUGUUUUCCAUGCAAAUGUACAUAUUUUAAACUUGAAAUUUUCUGUUAACUUAUGGAUGGUGGUUAUUAAUAUACUUGUACAAGAAAAGGGUAUUUUUGUUUUUUGGAAAUGUUGUACAAUAUUGCACAUUGUUUUGUCUGUUUAACAUGUCAGAUGCAUUAUAAUAAAGUGAAGAAUGGUGAA